AUGACAUCAUCUGACCAUGAACAAGAUCAUUCUUCUACGAUGAACUCUGAGUUUGGCGGAUACCAGUAUGAUGGGUCUAGUUUUCAAUUCGAGGUCCCAGCCUAUCAAGCCGCCAAUCGUCCUGCAAUCAGCGCGCCUCCACGACCGUCGAUCACGUUGCCGCAAGAAACGUUUCCCACUUCCGCACACCAGGGUCCCAUGGCGUAUCCUAACUCGAGCGAUUCUUCGUACGAGUACUACCGCGGGAUCUCUGGAGGGACCCCUUCGAUGCUCAGUUACCGUGGUCUGACCAUGGGUUAUUCGGUGAACGCAUCCGUUCCGCCUUACAAUGUGGCCGCCAGCAAAUGGCACUUGGGAGGUCCUGAAUCGACGUACCACUCUCCCAAUGUGAAUCUUUCUGUUGGCAGAACCGGUCCUUCGUACUACCACUCAUUGGACACCCAGUAUCUAGCCUCCAUGUACAGCUCUCGUCCCAGCUUUCCAGGACACACUGAUUAUGGUGGACUGCAAAGUAGUACCAUGAUCUCAGCCUAUACGCGAACGGACAGCGAGUCAAGUCCCGUUUCGACGGCUACGAACGGGGUCCGCAUCGCCGAUCAAAGCCUUUCACCGAACAAUGGCCAAUCAGAGGCUAUGUUUCAACGCCCAUUGCGUCAACUGACACCAAAGCUCGUGCUUGCCCAGCCGGCGAGGACCCAACCAUCUAACUACGGCCCUAUGAAUCCGGCCUCGUCCAGGACACCAUUUCUUGUAAGAGUGCUCGCAGGCACGACAAGACCUCUUCUUCAAUCUAGCAAACAUCUAAUCCCGUAUCUCGACAAAAUUCGUCUCAAAAUGUCCGAAAGUGAUCAGACGACGUACCUGAGGGAUGCCUCUACGGUAUACAGCGCAGGAUCUUACGACUCUCACUAUCCGUAUCACGCACCUAUCUAUCAGAACACCAUUCCUGCUGCUGCCCCGCCAGAUGAAACUCCUUACGCGUGUCCCUCGGCGUCUCAGAACAUCAUACCUCCCUUCGCAUACGAUACCCAGACGCUUGAGGCUCGUCCGGGAGAUUCCUCCCAUCCGCUACAGCAGUGGGCAUACUCAAACUCUGGCUACGGUGAACAUAGCGAUCCUUCUCUGGCCGAUUCUUUCGGGGGGUACCCCACGAAUAUGGAUGCGUAUCCAACGACAGUUCCCACCUCCGGGUGCAGACGGUCGACCUUGCACCAGCCUUUCGCAAACGAUUUCGGAGCGACGUACCCCUCGGAACCGCAGCAGGGGAUGCGAAUCACCUUCGUCGACAGCUUUGAGAGGGAGCUUGAACGACUGCAGCAGAGCAAUACGUCUCAAACUGGAGCAAAGUCUAAACCUGUUCCUGGGUCGGCGGAGUGGGCCAACAAAUUCGCCUUACAGAAUGGACGGGUCGAAAAGCUCCGCUUUCAGGAUGCACCUGUUCAGCAUCUGGAGAGCAGGUCAAGCACAUCCGCCUUUCCUUCAGAAUCGACAGCGCCGCAAACCGCGCUGAUGGGGUUUACUGCUGCGGCUUUCGAAUACGAUGGAGAGAUGAUGGCACAGGCUCCUCCUUCCCCAAUGACGCCGUAUUAUACCUCCGUAUACGAACCACCGACCGCAAAUUCGUGGCUUGAUGGGUCUUUUCUCCUUUGCCACCUGGAUGAUCUUACCCUCGACACCAUGUAUAGCUCUGGUACUGCAGCUCAAUGGCUUACACCUACAAACAGGCUUCCACAAACUGUUAUGACGACACCAGACCCUGCGCGUUUGGUUCCCACGCCAGCGUCCCCCCAAAACGUCGACAAACAGGGACAACCCAAAAAACGCAGAGGCCGACCGACUACCAAAUGCGAUCCGUGUCACCGCCGCCGGCGCAACUUCGGAUGCACCGGCGAGAUUCAUGGCGGUAGCAUCGAGCGAUACCACAACGAAAAUGAUGGCUAUACCUUGCAUAAGAGGAAAGGCAUGGACAAGCUAGGCAACGUCAGGCUCGAACAUUGUGGUCAGGAUCAGGCUGGUGGAGGUGACCACAGUACUCGUAGUCGGCUGAAGCAAAUCUCGUGA